AUGGGGCUGCCGGCUGUGGGGAUCGGCGCCAGGGAGCUCCGGCGAAGGACGGUGAGAAGGUUCUUCGAGAAUUUUAGAUCUGUGAGCAGGGAGGGGAGACAAGCGAUCGAUUCAGCGAUUACGCAUAUGUAUUCCCCGGGUCUGAAGUCAGGGUGGGUCGUAGAUGUGGUUCAAGAAGUGAAAAUUGUUGGCGAAGAAGGAAGAUCGGAAGGGUUUGGAUUCGGCCAUUGA